CAUCUUUAUUGUAACAACGUGAGAGGGAAUUUCUUAAAUAGAUCGAGUUUUAUUUUAUUUUCAAGUUGCAUCAUCAAUUUUACAAUGUCAAACGCAGGUGGCGGAAAGGUUAGGCAAACGCGAAGAAAACCGUCGACUGAUAAGCCAUACAACAGACGACAGUCUCUGCUGAGCAGAGUAACAGAUACAGUAAAAGAUAUCCUUUCACCAUCCUGGCUAGUUGAUAUUGUAUCCAGUGUUAAAAAGAAGACCUCACCUCAACUUGACACAGUAGAAGAACACAAUGACAAUGGGGAAGACCUGGAGGAAUCCUACCUCCCACCCAGGGCAAAACCUCAGAUGCCACCUCACAUGCAAUCAAAAGCUCACCCAAGCCAGCCUUCUUACCAGAGUAGUAGUGUAUUAACUGAAAGGCCACUCUAUGGAGGUUCCUCACUUGGAAGGACCCCAUUCUCUUCAUUUAAACCUGACCUUCACACCAGCACCCCAGGGACCUCUGGGGGACACAUUCCUUUCCCAGUAUACAAGGGGCAAGGGGAGGAUCACAGGAGAGGGCUAUCUCAUGUGAGUUCCCUGAUCCCAGAGGCAGACAAGCCUGAUUUUAAGAGUGAGAUGCUACAGCUCCAGGAGGCACAGCUACAACAACUGAGGGAGGACCUGGGUGGCAGUGUGGCUGUCAGGGAAGAGAUGAGUUCUACCGCAGUGGAGAAAUCACUUGAUAUGUCCCAGUCGCUAUCUGGCAGUCAUCUGUGGUCCACCAGUGAGGUGUCUAAGCCACAGCCAUCAGUGAGAACACACAGACCUUCCUUCAAUGCGUCAAUCUUUGGCUCCCCAGCAACUAAUACAUCACUAUUUGGAGGUCAGAGCUCCCCUUACUACCCAGGGAGGACUACGUUUGGUGGAGCAACUUCCCAUAGGAAAAACAGACUCAACUCCACAGCUCCAUAUCAGACUGCUGCCCCUCUAAGAAGACAGGUGAAAGCCAAGCCUUUGAACAAUACAUCUACAGGAGUCACCAGUUCAACUGCAAAGAAAAUUUUGGAAACUUUGGAGAGAAUGUCAACACCUCUUAAUGAUGCCAAGAAGAUUCCAGCUUCAUCCCUCAGUAUUGCAGAUUCUCCAUUGUCUUUCACUCCGGCCAGUUACAGACAGAGGCGAAAUCAACAAAAUCACUCCUUGACCAGUAGAAGUCAGCUGAAGGCCCCACCAGUGAUGAAGCUUAACACCCCAUCAGCAGCCUCCAUUGCUAAGAACAGACAAACAUUUCCACAGCCCCCUCCUCCAGAGACAGCACCUAAAAUACAGGAGAAACCUGGAACAUCAACUGAGUAUAAGGUUGGAAGUACAGAUCAACAACCAGCUCUCAGUAAGAGCAGUGGUAAAAUGAAGAGAGAAAGGGCAGGUCACUACUCAAGGCAGGGCGAAGAUGAGGAACAAGUUGUCUUACCAGACCUUCCGACAAGCUUUAAAUUACAAGUAAGCAGUAUGCCCAAGUUUGACUUCAUGGGAUCUACAGGGAACACUGUGAAUUCCGCUGACAAAGGGCCCCCUGUUCAGGCCAAUGGCAGUAUAGCCAGCUCACCAACCCCAGGGUUCGCCUUUUCCAACCCAAUACCCCAGAGUUCCUCCGAGGCUCACCAGGGGUCACUCAGUCCUGUCAAACAGGAUUUCAAGUUCAGUUCUCCUAUAGCCAUAGGAGAGUCCAGCAAGACCACAGGUGCCCCCACCUCCUCCAGCGUGGCCACUGCAAUCCAGUUUACCUCCACCUCAACAGCAACCGCAGCAUCCACAGUAUUAAACAAGGACUCCAACUCUGUGCAAUUUAACUUUGGAAGUGCAGCUCCUUCAUCAAAGGGUGCACCACAGACCACAUUUGGGUUUGGUAGUGGACCUUCAAGCCAGAGCUCUGUGCCACCUGCAGGUGGAAUGCAGAUGAAGUUCACAGCUUCACCUGUAGCACCCAAACCUAAGCCAAAAGCUAAUAAAUCUGAACCUGAGGAAGAUGGCUUUGCCUUUAAGCCAGCAAAAGAGUUGAAGAGCGGUAGUGUUAUGGAUAUCCUGGGCAAGGGAACAACAACAACAACUACAGAUGCCAAGUCUUCACCAGGGACUGGAAUAGCCCCAGCAUCUUCACUAAAACAGGGCAGUGUCAUGGACAUACUGGGUAAAGCCCCAGAAGUGUCACAAUCAUCAAACACAUUAGUUGGGUUUGGAGAUAAGUUCAAGCCUGCAGCAGGCAGCUGGGAGUGUGACUCGUGUAUGGUGAGAAAUAAAGCUAGUGACAGCAAGUGUGCAGCCUGUCAGUCUGCCAAGCCAGGGUCCAGCACCACUACCUCUGUAAGUUCAGCCCCAGCAACUAAUACAGUCAGCAGCUGGGGAAGUUUAGCAGAUAAAUUCAAGGCUGCUCCUGGAGCUUGGGAAUGUAGCACUUGCUUGGUCAGGAACAAGGAUUCAGCUACGGGGUGUGCUGCUUGUGGGACAGUCAAACCUGGUCUCCCCACCAACAGCUCCACAACAACAACCCCAAGCUCAAAAACAGACACUUGUUCCUCUGUACCUCCUAUAAAAAAUAGUUUAGGGAGUCUGUUUAAGAAGCCAGAAGGGAGCUGGGAGUGUGGUACGUGUAUGGUGAUGAAUAAACCUGAUGCCUCCUCAUGUGUUGCCUGUCAGACGCCAAAUCCAAAUGGUGCUAAGACGCCCUCUGUUAAAGAACCAGAGAUUCCCAAGCCUACUGGGCCACCAUUAUCAUCCAUAUUCAAGAAAUCCACAGGGUCCUGGGAAUGUGAUUUGUGCAUGGUUCAAAACAAGCCAGAGGCAGUGAAAUGUGCUGCAUGUGAGGCCCCCAAGCCAGGGCUACAGCCCACAGCAGGGUUUACAGGAUCCGGAAUGAAAGGGGGAUUCAAAUUUGGCACUGGUAGUGGAUUUCAGUUUGAUAAAACCACAUCUGGGGACAACAAGACAUCAGGAUUUACAUUUGGCACCCAGACCACAUCAACAGCCACUUCUAAUGCAACAGGAUUUAAAUUUGGAGUUCAAGAAGUUGGUAAUACUGGUGAUAUUAAGUUUGGUUUUCAAGACAAGACUGUCGGUACAGGAAUCAAAUUUGGGACUGGCGCAGAUAAGCAGUCGGAAGAGAAGAAAGAACAGAAAUCAAGUGGUGGUUUUAAAUUUGGUGGUGAUUCUGUAAAUACAUCAACAAGUAACACUGCAGCUUUUGGUGGUUUUAAAUUUGGACAAACUAAUGACAAAUCUGUUGACAGUAAAAAAGAACAGUCUGGGGCUGAGACGUCUGUUCCUGGGGGGUUUAAGUUUGGUGCCAAUCCCCCAGGCACCACAACAACUACAGCUACUAUGGGAGGUUUCAGCUUUGGGAGCAAGCCUGGAGAAAGUACUCAAUCAGUGUCCAAUGCUGUCACUUCAGCAGCAGGAGGGUUUAGUUUUGGGGCACCAAAACCUUCAGUGAACUCAACAGACCUAACGGCGAAUCCCUUCCCAGCCACUUCUGUUCCUUCAUCUGGGUUUGCUGUGGGAGCUGGGAUAGGCAAAGGUGACACAACAAAGCCAACAUCAUCAGGUUUUAGCUUUGGUAAUACAGACACCAGUGGUGCAGCUGCUUUUACCUUUGGUGCAAAGCCUGAUGAGACAAAAUCUACUGGAAAUAUCACUUUUGGACAGACAGCACCCUCUAGUGGGGGAUUUGGUGCAAAGGAGAAGUCUUCACCUUUGAAAAGGGGACAUGAAGAUGAGGAUGAAAUAUCAGGGAAAAAACUUGCAUUUGGGAGCAUCAAGCCUACUGGUGCGGUAGCUCCCACAAUCAGUUUUCCAGCAGCCUCAGUUACUCAAGCCCCAGCAUUAGGAGGGUUCACUGCUUCAACAACAACAUCAACAACAAGCGCCACAUCAGCGCCAUCACUCUUUGGCUCAACUGUAGCAUUUGGUAGUGGAGGCAACACAUCUGUCACAUCAUCUGCUCCCCUCCCACUCUUUGGCAGCAGUUCUACUGCACCCUCUAGCCUGUUCAGCACCCCAUCCACCACCCCAUCCUUUGGUACCCAAGGAGCACCAUCAUCAGGUUUUGGCACCACUGCUCCAGUGUUUGGUGCAGGAGCUCCGUCGACAUUUGGAGCCUCGACAGCAACAACUUCAGCUAGUACCACUGGUUCAGUAUUUGGGAGCAGCACGCCCGCCUUCUCAGGGUUUGGGGGCACUUUUGGGUCCACACAAGCCUUUGGAAGUGGUGGUGCUGGCAGUGAUAGUACCAAGAAUACUGGGGCACCUGUAUUUGCUUCUGGUUUUGGUUCUACUGGACCUGGUGCCACCGGGACUGGUCCUGCACCCUUCAGCACGACCCCCAGCUUCCAGUUUGGCCAGACCACUGCUCCAGGAGCCAGCACUGGGACAGGGGAGAUCUUUGCAUUUGGUGCUAAACCACAGGAGAGUAAACCAGCAGAUGGCAGCAGUGGAUCGACAUUUGGUUCAGGAAGCUCCGCAGGCUUCAACUUCAGUGCCACCCCCAACACUAACUUUGGUGCCUCCCAGGCCACCAGCUUUAGUGCCACACCUUCCUUCAACUUUUCAGGCUCACAGGCCCAAUUUUCAGGAUUCGGUGCUACUGGUCCAACUCCAGACAACCCAUUCAGUGCUAACUCUAAUGUCACAAGAGGGAGGACUAUAAAGAGAGCAGCAAGAAGACUGAAAAAAUCAUAAUAGGGAUCUCUUCAGACUGUCAAGUUCAAAGAAGAUUUAGAAGUAACUUUCCCUGAGACAUAUCUGAAAAUAUGCUUAGAAAUAAAAAAAAAAAAUGAAAGAAGAUUUCCUUAAAGACAGCUUGUUAUAUAAAUAAGUUGGUGAGGUGUUGAUUUUGUCUAGACAAAGAAUACCUUUCUUUAACAUGGCGGACUAUCCAAACCGUUUACUCUUUGUUGUUUCAUGGUGCCAAGAGUUCUGACAGAAAAUGCUAAAAGUGGUUAUUUAGUUCAUUCAGUACAAAUUCUUUCCCAUCUAGUUCACUAGGUUCUCACAGGCCAAUAAUACAAAACUACCAGUAAAGUGGUGUAAUAUGUCUUGGAAAAAAAUGAGUUUUUUUACAAUAACAUUUUUGAAGGCAAGCCAUCAGUGUUAGAAUUAAAAUUAACUGCCAGCUUUAUUAAGGACUAUCAGGAUAAAAGAUAUCAAACAUUGUAAGUAGUGGAAUUAUUCUGGUGUCAGUCAUAAAAGAGAAAGUGGAUGGUUAUCAAGUGCUCAUUGUUGUACAAUUUUGGCUACUUGGUUGAUACGGAAGGCUUGGACCCAUACACAUUCAUAUACCAGGAAAGACGUCCAAUGGAAUAUAUGUGGAUUUUCUUCUGAUAACGGUGUAUUACCUGGUUCUUCAAUUAUAUCAAUCAGAUGAUCUAAAUUGAUGCUGCACUAAGCUGAAAUUCUGUACCUAUAGUUAUCACUUUGAAGGAGAACACUUAAGUUGAACAUUAGAAAGUAUGAUUUUUAUACCUUGUAUUUUUUGAGAAAAUUAUUCAUGAUCUCUUAUAUAGCAUAAUGCCAGUGUAAGGGAUAGAAGUUACAUUAUACACCGAUUUUAAUGUAGCAAUUUGUAGCUUUGAUAAUGAUAGAGAUUUUGAUUUCAUCUUUUUUUUUUUUUGAUUUGAUAUGGUGGGUACUGCAUGUUGAAGAUAUUGUAAAGAAUUUGAAAAUUAUUAAAUGUAAAAUGCAAUCAAAAUUCCCCUCAAAUUACAUCUUCCUAAGUGUACUUAGUUUACUAUAAAUUUAUUUGAGAAAUUUAUGUAUUUAACAGUUGAUACUAUUUCAGGAAACAGCAGAUUUACUUGUGCAAUUUAGUUGAUCAAAGUAAGCAUUCUGUACGUCUCAUGUAGAAUCAAUAUUCUGGAUGAUUAAGGGAGAAACAUUUAACUGGAAGUGUGACGGUGUGUAUGACAGAAGCAUGAAUAUCUUUUCUAAGUGAAAAUUGAUAUUGUAAAUAAUUGUAUUUGUAAAUAAUAUUGUAUCUGGCUGUUAUGCCUUAAUAACAUAUUUCUACUGUGAUGACAAGGUUAUAGGUUGGAACUGCAAGAUGUUUUGGUGAGUUAAAAAAAAAAAAUCCAAAUUUUUAAUGGAUUAAAAAUUGCACUUUCAAGUAAUGUUAAAUUCUGCAAUGCAGUGCAUUGAAAUAUUUUCCACUAGUCAAACAAGACCUGCCAGAAACCUUAACACAUAAUUGCACUACAAAGAUAAUCUUUUUUUUUUUUUUUGGUCACCAUUUAAAUGAUUAUUGCUAUAUGUAUGUGCUGGCACCUCAUUAAUCCACAUUGUUAUUAUUGGACCCCAGUGCAGAUUAAGGUUUUCUGGCAUGGUUCUUGGUAAUCUGAGACUGAGUGAAUGGUGUAUGAAUGAGACAACCUAAAACCUUGUAAAUUGUGGGGUGAACUGUGCGUAAGUGUAUUUGUUAAUAUUAUAUCAAGUUUCAAGUCCUAGCCAAUAUUUCUACAUGAACAUUUAACAUUUUAUCAUGAUAAAGUAUGAAAGCUUAAGUUAUGAUCCAUUACUAUCAGAUGGUGUUUUUAUGAACCAAGGGUGAUCAAAAAGUUAAAUAAUAGUCAUGGUUAAAUAAAAUUCAAGGUUCAUGUAGUAAAAUGUUUAGGGUGACACAAAAAUUAUACACAUUUAGGUGUACAAGGUUGAAAGAGAUACUCGGUGCAUCCUUGAUUUAAAAGAAUUAGGGCAUACUUUUUGGGGCUUCAUUUAAAAUGUCUGUCAAAAGUGAGGUUACCUUUGGUAAGGUUUCUUUUGUCAAAAUUGCAUUAAAUAGAAAAGGAUGUUGUUUCUUCAGCCUUGUACAUAUUGCUAGAGGACAAUAUCUUAAGCUCUUGUUCUAUUUAUUAAUCAUUGCAAGGAAAAUGGAGGAGACCACAUUGAUAUUUUUAAAGUGAGAAAAAGCUUAUUGUUAUUUGUUGAUUUAUUGAUAGAUUUAUAAUGGACUUGCUUGAAGUCAAGUCUAAGAAUUACAAGUAAUGUGGACUCCUUCAUCCUUGAUGACAAAUCAUUGUUAUUAAUAAAUUUAUUUUGUAUGUGUGUGUCAUAAUGAUUUUAACAUGAGUGAAAGAAAUGUUAGAUUGUAUGCAAAAAUCAUUGAGACCUUUUUAUGAUGAAAGAAUUUGUAGGGCUCCUCUGCUAUUAUUCUCUAAAAUGUCCUCAAUUUGUUUAAAAUCUGGUUUUUGGGUAAUAUAUUGGUUUGUAGUAUCUUUUUGAUACAUUUUAUGAUACUGAAAAGUUCUUUUCCAAUGAAUGAAAAACAGAUUCCUCAUUAAAUUCAUUAUGAUAAUAAAUGGAGUCAUUCUUUUUAUUUCAACAU